UGUCCAAGGUAAGAUGUUUUUGCUAACUGGCUAGUGCUAAUGUCCCACCAUGUUUAUCAGGGUGGGGCUCAAGUCUCCGCGACGUGUGGUAACCAUGGUGACGCUUCAUUCGUCAUUUUUUCUACACUUUAGUUUCCUCCGCCGAUGUAAAACAGUAACAUUUAAAUACAGUUAUUCAAAGUAAGUAAACCAAGGUUUUUAAAAUUCAACUUACAUGGGUUUUAUUAUCGGACUUUGAAGUUUAGUGCACGAUUAAUUAGCCACUGAGCGAUGAAAAUGGUCAAUUAUUGCAAAACUCCUUAACUUUUAAUCACCACACCAGACAUUUGUGUGACCUGUGAGAAAGAAUAAUUAACAUUAGGGCUGCUGCGAUAACAUGACAGCACCAGCCGCUGAGGGUGAAUCAGGUGAAUUGCAGCGCCCGUCGGUCUGCGUUCAACCCGCUCGCCACAUCACUCCGGAGGAGGAUCGGAGAGGGACAGCAGCUGGUCUCCGGCAUCAUGGCUAAAGAAGGAGCAGAAACGACGGAGGAAACCGAGUACAUGAUAGACAGAAAUGCGGGGAUAGAGACGAUGGUCGUGGAAUCUCCCGGUAACGCCAAAGAAAUGCGAGCUGUGAUCCUGACGGGGUUCGGAGGUCUGAACAAACUCCGAGUGACCAAGAAGGCGAUGCCCGAGCCUCAGGAUGGUGAAGUGAAGAUCCGCGUCAAGGCAUGUGGCUUGAAUUUCCUGGAUUUGAUGGUACGUCAGGGGAACAUUGAAAAUCCUCCAAAACCCCCACUAGUUCCUGGAUUUGAGUGCUGUGGAAUAGUGGAGUCAGUGGGUGAAAACACUGAGGGAUUUGAGAUAGGUGACAGAGUUAUGGCGUUUGUGAAUUACAAUGCCUGGGCUGAGGUGGUUUGCACGCCAUUGGAUUAUGUCUACAAGAUGCCAGAUGAAAUGACGUUUGCUGAGGCGGCAGCGUUCUCCCUGAACUUUGUGGCUGCUUAUAUGAUGCUCUUUGAAGUUGCAAAUCUACGAGAAGGAAUGUCAGUGUUGGUCCACUCAGCAGGAGGUGGUGUAGGACAAGCUGUAGCUCAGUUGUGCUCCACUGUACCGAACAUAACCGUGUUUGGGAUCGCCUCCUGUUUCAAACAUGCAGCCAUCAAAGACUCCGUCACUCACCUCUUUGACAGAAAUGUGGACUACAUUCAAGAAGUCAAAAAGAUUUCUCCUGAAGGAGUUGACAUUGUGCUGGACUGCCUGUGCGGAGACAACACAGGGAAAGGCCUGAGUCUGCUGAAGCCUCUGGGAACCUACAUCCUUUAUGGCGCGUCAAACAUGGUCACUGGGGAAACAAAGAGUUUCUUCAGCUUUGCUAAAUCUUGGUGGCAGGUGGAGAAAGUGAAUCCUAUUAAACUUUAUGAGGAGAACAAAGUAAUAGCAGGAUUCUCGCUCCUCAACCUCCUCUUCAAACAAGGGAGAUGCAGCCUGGUGAAGUCAGUGAUGGACAAACUCCUGUGCCUCUAUGAACAGAAGAAGAUCAGGCCUGUGGUGGACUCCCUGUGGGCUCUGGAGGAGGUGAAAGAGGCCAUGCAGAGAAUUCAUGACAGAGGUAACGUCGGAAAAUUGAUUCUGGACAUUGAAAAGUCUCCAACCCCUCUGAUGGCCAAUGACAGCACAGAGACCAGUGAAGCUGGAGAGGAAGAAGAGGAGCAAGAGGGAGAUAAUGACAGCAAGGAGCGGAUGCCUUUCAUUCACUAGAACCAUGAAACCACCCACCCACCCACACCACCACAACUCAGUAGAGACCUGAGAAAUUGCGCAGAUUCACACAACUACGCAUGAGUGUGUAUGUAUGUCUGCAUGUCCUGUGUUUAUAGAUGUUUACAUGUACAGAACACAUUUGUGCUUAUUAUUUGCUAUCUGGUAGCCGAUUGGUUGAGAGAAGGGGAAGUGAAGAAUAACGAGCUGCUCUGAAGCCAGUGUUAAAGUUUGUGUUUGAUGUGAUGUCAGUGGGUGUGUGUGCAUUUUAAAGACCAUGGCAUCAUAAGUGAAUCAGCUUCUAAACCUGCUGACCUGCUAUUAUUUAUGAAGCACACUCUUAAUGAAGCCUUUAUUAUUAAGUCGAUUGUAAUCCUCACCUGAUCUCUGUGAAAACAAACAAAGUUCUUGAUGCAUGAUGCUAAGGUUGUAGAUACCUUUUUUAAAAAUGAGGUUAAAGUAAGUAAAGUGCCAACAGAAGAGGUGGUGAAUAUUUGCACAAAAUCUUAUUCUUGUGAGUAAUUCUUAAUACACGUCAUGGGAUCAUCAGUGCCUUUGAGCUACAAGAAUGUGUUCAAAUACCAUCAGCAUAAAACAUUGGAUUAAAGAAAAAUUUGUUUUUAAAUGAAGUAUUCCAAUUUUUUUCUUUUUUUAUUGUUUAAAAGAGCAAGUCACCCCCAAAUCUUUUUUUUUUUUUUUGCUGAUAAACUAGACAAAUGCAUGUCUAAACGUGCUGUAGACACGUGUGGUCAAUGAUUUGGCGCUUUAGUGCAUCUUAGUUAAAAUUGAAAUAUUCUGCCUAAAACUGUCAGUGUUGCGCCGUCGUCAGGUAAAAACUCUGCACUGCAUUCGAAUUCAAAUCUGUCACCGCUAUUGGCUAAGAGGUACCCUAUGACAUUAGCUGGUACCAUAUGAUGUCUCAAUGUCUUUGUGAGCCUGUGUGUGUAUUUGUUAGCGGCUCCGCCCUCUCGAUCUGCCAGGCAACAGCAUUUGUUACAUUUUUCAAACAUGAAGUGGGAGUGGAGUAAGACUCUGGUAGGGGGUGACUUGCACUGUUAAAGUAUAACAGUUUAUUGAUUCCAGAAGGAACUUUACUGAAACACAAAACUCACAUAGUGUUACAGUUACAGCAAACCGGCAGAAAUGUUUGGUUUAGUUUCAGGAAGUCAAAUUUAUUAUAUCUAGCGGAAUAUUAUCAAACGUGGGUUUUUAUUAAGUCAGACUGCAGCUGAAGGUCUGUGGAAUUUCUGCUUGGUCUCUCCGACUAAAGGUGUUUACAUUUGGGUGCCUCACGACAAAAGUGCCAUGUUACUUGUAAACGAGUUUGUUUUACUGUGAAAUAAUGCUGGAAGCAAAAUGGUGGAGGUUUGAGCAACACUGUGUAGUACUUAGAAGAAUACACCAUCCCCCGUGUAGUUGUGUGUUUUGUUUUUAGUUUUAGAAUAACAAACUUUUCCUUUUCACCAUUAGCAUUCUCACCAUGUUUCAGAUUGGCAGGUAUUCUGGAAUUCUUCCAGUUUGACAUAAAAUAAAUAUAAAUCAGCUGUCAAUCACUGGCUUUGCAACCAGACUGUGAUGAGGUUGCGCAUCGUUGUGUGUUUAGAGCAUUCCUUUUAACUAUAUGGUCCAGUAUUUUUGUCACGGUUUUGUUGUGUAUUUUCUUUGAGCGCUGCUCUGUUUACUUGAAUAAAUUUAUCUGCAAAGUAAAUGACA